AUGCAGCUCUUCCACGGCCUCAUUCUCCUCUUUGCCAGUCUCGCCGCUGCCCAGUUCCCGGAUAUCCCACCCUGCGCAAUAAACUGCCUCGUUGGCCCUCUCACCAAAGAUGGAUGUCCAAGCCUAACCGAUUUCGCCUGCCACUGCCAAAAGCCUGACCUCGUCAGCCAAGUCACCCCAUGCGUCUCCCAAAGCUGCGGUCUCCCAGAGCAAUCCUCCGUCUCCAAGCUCGUCGUCGCGCAGUGCUCCUCAGCUGGCUACCCCAUCAGUGUCCCGAACCCAGGCGCCCCUACAUCCGCCCCUGCAACGACUACAACAGGAGCAGGUACGACACAAGCUUCUGCCACCGGCUCAAUGACCAUCCCAACCGGCUCCUCGGUGACAACCACAACCCCUAAGCCCUCGUCUUCGGGCGCUAGCUCUUCCCAUGCCCAUGGCUCCUCUUCUACCCCAGGCGCAUCGUCCAGUCAUGCCAGUGGUGGCGGUGCCGGCGGUGCGUCUUCUUCCGGCGGUUCCCCUUCGGCUUCGAAGUCAGGUAGUGGAACUGAUUCGGCCUCCCCGCCGCUCAAGACGAACGGAGCAACACAGAUCACGGGUAGUCUGGCUGGUAUGGCUAUUGCUGCUGCGGCUGUGUUUUAUCGUCUCUGA